CUCCCCAGGCUAAACACCCUCAGCCAGGCCCCAUAGCAGAGAUGCUCCAUCUCCUGCAUGGCCUCCUCUGCACCAAUUCCAGCAGCUCCACGUUGCUUUGUGUCAGAUAAGUGAAUAGAACCAUCCCCAAGGUCUUGUUGUGCACCUGUCCUACCCACACAGGUACAGGGAUGAUAAAAUUCAUUUUAAAAACCUUAGAAGUGCAAGUGCCUUCAACAAGUCGAUACCUUGCUGGCUAUCCACACGUGAUUACUGUUGUUACUAGCUGUGGAUAGCAUUGCCAGUAUGGAAAAAUAAACUGCAGUCUGAGGCCAGCUUUAAAUGGCUGUUAGAUAGGUACUGACACUUGGUCCACUUCCUUGUGAAGUGCUACCACGGCCACACAGCUUUCUUCUCCAUGUAGACUGUUGGUGUACUGGGGGCAUUCUUCACCCAGAUGAAUAUCUUAAUAUCCUGAUGGGUGCUGUGUUGAACAGUUUGUCCUCGCUGCUCCUUGUUGCUUCUCCAGGGAUGCUUUGUUUGUUGCUUCUUCAGGGAGGAGAAUUUGGGGGAAGGUAGAAACUGCUGAGAUGGAUUUAAUGCUCCUCUGUCUUGCCUGGGUGAGAGUACAGGGCAUUUUGUUUGUGCUCCUGAUGUACCUGGUGGUGUCUUUGUGUCAGGUCUGUUAAGGGUAACAGAAGGCUUACAUUACACACAGGAGUUGUUUGCUUUUUUUUCUUCUUUCAGCGUUACUUGGAGUUACCAUUGACUUCCACAGCCAGGUUAGGCUCCAGUGCUCUCUGUCUUAGAGGAACAGAAAUCAGUUAAUUGGCUUCUUUGGAUUUGUCUGUUAUCCAAGGCAGACUUGUAGCAUUUGUGGGCUUGGAACUGAGGUUAAAGACAUCAUGUAUGGUUCUGGCUUGGAGCUGGGCUGCAAAUCAGCUCUGUUUUGUUCUGGGAGUAUUAAGCUACACUCCUUUUAAUGGAGCUCCUACCCAAAUAUCCGUUCUCAGCAGUCGGGAUCCAUGAGCUUUGUGGAUGAAGGCGCCAAGAAAUCCAAUCUGUCAGGGAGGAAACGUUCUGCAAAUCCUCUGCUGCAGUUUGGGAAUUGUUUCUUUAAAAGCUGUGAGCGAGGCAUGGCUUCGUGCAAAGAAAGAUCCUUUCAGCUUCUGAUUUCAGGCUAUGGAUGGGCUGAGGGCAAUCCAUCAAACCUCUGAGUGCUGUUGGUGUGUCAGAUGGUGCUGCUGAAUAUGGCAUUGUCAGCUGGGGAGAAGACAUUGUGUCUGGGUUGGCAAUUCAGGGUCUGAUCUGCAAGCCAGAACUGAGCUUUGUUAUUUAAGGAUCCUGUGCUUUGCAUGAGGAUGACUUCAGUAUUUGGUCCUUGCCGCGAAGUCACCUCAGAAUCUGAGAGAUUGGUUCAAUCCUUAAGUCAACGAGUUGUUUUUUGGGCAUUUACCAACAAUGUCCCUCUUGCCUCCAUCUGUUCCGUAUCACACAAUUCCUCGGGGUAUCCUUCUUGAAAGGGGAAGCAACCAGAGGCCAAAUAAUACAGGCUGCUGCUCGAGGUUAUUAUUUAUUUCCCAUUUAUUAAGUGAAUUGAAUGGCGCGCUUGGGAAUCGUGCUGCUGCUCCUUCCUCCGUGUGUCCAGGGAUGGAAAUCAGGAUUGAGGAGGGCUGCGAUUUCAGUCACUGCUCAGCAGAUUCCAGAGACCUGUUAAAGGAAUUCCCGCAGCCCAAGAAUUUGCUCAACAGCGUGAUUGGACGGGCCUUGGGCAUUUCCCAUGCAAGGGACAAACUGGUGUACAUCCAUACCAACGGGCCCAGAAAAAAGAAAGUCACUUUGCACAUAAAGUGGCCUAAGAAUGUGGAAGUAGAAGGCUAUGGGACCAAGAAGAUUGAUGCUGAGAGACAAGCGGCAGCUGCUGCGUGCCAGCUCUUCAAGGGCUGGGGUUUGCUGGGGCCCAGGAAUGAGCUGUUUGACGCUGCCAAGUACCGGCUGCUGGCUGACCAGCUGGGCUGCCCCGAUGAGAGGUGGUGCUCGGAGGGCAAAUGGCGCUCCAAGUCCGGCCCUUCCCUCGCCGACCUGUCGACCUGCUGGCGGCGUAUGGAGCCCGACGACCCCAUCCAGCCCAUGGAGCAGGGCAGGAUGCCCAAAGCCAUGAGGAGAGAAGAGCUGGAGGAAGGGGAGCUGGAGGAAGGGGAACUGGAGGAGGGAGAGCUGGAAGAAGAGGCCAUCGAUGUCUCUGAUUAUUUACCCAUGGCGCAUCAGGACGCUCGAACUCCUGGCAGAGAUGCGAGCCGAGGAGGGGGUUCCAUUGAAAUGACAGAUGACAACACUGCCAUCCGUGCUCUGACGCAGUUCCCGCUUCCCAAAAACCUCCUGGCCCAAGUGAUUCAGAUUGCAACCUCUUCCUCCACAGUCAAGGAAUACAUGCAGUUCCGUACGGUUGGCACCAAGACCAAGAUCUGCAAGCUGACGCUGCGCUGGCCCUGUCCCAUGACUUUUGCAGCCAAGGGCCGUCGUAAAGUGGAGGCAGAAAACAAAGCAGCAGCCUUGGCCUGUCAGAAGCUGAAGAGCCUUGGCCUGGUGGACAAGAACAACAACCCACUCAGCCACGCUAUGUAUAACAUGACUUCCCUCCGGGAGCUUGGUGAGAACCAGAGGAAGCCGUGCCACAUCAAAGUCCCUGAAGCAACCCUGCGUAAGAUUGAGAACUACCUGAAUCAUUAUCCAGUGGACAUCAGGGAGUCCAGGCCCCGGAUUGCUGAUGACAUGAUGAACCUGAGCAAGGAGUCGGGCGCCAUCAGUGACGCCAUCACGGGGAAGACGUACAUCCCUAUGCUGGAAGCGGAGGAAGUGCGCCUCAGUCAGAACCUGCUGGCCCUCUGGAAGAGGAGGGGAUCCUCGUGGCAGGAGAGCCACCCGCUGCCCGUGGACCCUCACAAGGACACCAUCCUCUCAGCCAUCGAGCAGAACCCCGUGGUGGUGAUAGCGGGAGAUACGGGCUGCGGGAAAACCACGAGGAUCCCUCAGCUCCUGCUGGAACAUUACAUCCUGGAGGGACGCGGCGCCCGCUGCAACGUCGUCAUCACGCAGCCCAGGAGGAUCAGCGCCAUCUCGGUGGCCCAGCGCGUGGCACAGGAAUUGGGUCCCAACAUGAGGAAGAACGUGGGCUACCAGGUGCGGCUGGAGAGCAAACCCCCGGCCCGGGGAGGAGCCCUGCUCUUCUGCACCGUGGGCAUCCUGCUGCGGAAGCUGCAGGGAAACCCCAGUCUGGAGGGCGUCAGCCACGUCGUGGUCGACGAGGUCCACGAACGAGACGUCAACACGGAUUUCCUGCUCAUCCUGCUCAAAGGCAUCCAGAAGCUCAACCCCGACCUGCGCCUGGUCCUGAUGAGCGCCACGGGAGACAAUCAGCGCUUCUCGCAUUACUUUGGGGAUUGCCCUGUGGUCAAGGUGCCCGGUUUCAUGUACCCAGUGAAGGAGUACUACCUGGAGGAGAUCCUGGCCAAGCUGGGUAGGCACCGACACCGGCACUACGAGAUAAAGCAAUCAGAUGAUGAAUGUGUCCUUGAUCUUGAUCUGAUCACCGACCUUGUACUCCAGAUUGACGCCCAUGGAGAACCAGGUGGGAUCCUCUGCUUCCUGCCCGGGUGGCAGGAAAUCAAAGGGGUGCAGCAGCGCCUGCUGGAGAUGCUGGGCUCUCAGAACAGCCGGUACCUCGUCCUGCCAGUGCACUCCAACAUCCCCAUGAUGGACCAACAGAACAUCUUCCAGCGGCCUCCACCUGGCGUCAGGAAGAUCGUCCUGGCCACCAACAUCGCUGAGACCUCCAUCACCAUCAACGACAUCGUCCACGUGGUGGACAGUGGCACGCACAAGGAGGAGCGCUAUGACCUGAAGACCAAGGUGUCUUGCCUGGAAACAGUCUGGGUGUCCAAAUCGAACGUGGUGCAGCGGCGAGGGCGCGCCGGCCGCUGCCAGUCGGGGUUUGCCUAUCACCUCUUCCCUCGCAGCCGCCUGGACAAGAUGCCAACGUACCAGGUGCCAGAGAUCCUGCGCACCCCGCUGGAGAACCUGGUGGUUCAGGCCAAGAUCCACAUGCCAGAGAAAACAGCAGUUGAAUUUCUCUCCAAGGCUCUGGACAGCCCUGACAUCAAAGCUGUGGAUGAAGCAGUGAUUUUGCUGCAGGAAAUCGGGGUGCUGGACCAGCGAGAAGCCCUCACCACGCUGGGCAAACGCCUUGCCCAGAUCUCCACAGACCCUCGGCUGGCAAAGGCCAUCGUCCUGGCGUCCAUCUACCGCUGCCUCCACCCUCUGCUCGUCAUCGUUUCCUGCCUCACCCGGGACCCCUUCAGCAGCAGCCUGCAGAACCGUGCGGAGGUGGACAAGGCCAAGGCCGUUCUGAGCAGGGAAAGUGGGAGCGAUCACCUCGCCUUUGUCAGAGCCGUGGCGGGCUGGGAGGAGGUGCUGAGACGCAGAGACAGCCGUGCCAGGGAUAACUACCUGCAGGACUACUACCUGUAUGGCCCCAGCCUUCGCUUCAUCAACGGCCUUGUCAAGCAGUUCUCAGAGAACCUCUACGAAGCCUUCCUGGUGUCCUCGCCAUCUGACUGCACCAUGCCUUCAUCUGUAUGUAACCAGUACAGUGAAGAGGAGGAACUGGUCAAGGGAGUCCUCAUGGCCGGACUGUACCCCAACCUCAUCCAGGUGAGACAAGGCAAGGUGACCCGCCAAGGGAAGUUCAAGCCCAACAGCUACGCGUACCGGACAAAGGCGGGCACCGUUCUGCUUCACAAGUCAACCAUCAACAGGGAGGCCUCCAAGCUGUACAGUCGCUGGCUGACCUAUUUCAUGGCCGUGAAGUCCAACGGAGGGGUGUUUGUGCGGGACUCCUCCCAGGUCCACCCGCUGGCUGUGCUGCUCAUGACUGACACCGACAUCCACGUCCGAGACGACGGCUGGCGAGCGACCGUCUCCCUGACGGACAGCGACCUCCUGGUGCUGGAGGGCGACUCCUACACCAUCCGCCUGCUGCGCGACUUCCGCGUCUCGCUCUCCAAGAUGGUGGAGACGUGUCUGUGCUACGAGAUGGCGGCCAUCCCCGGCGACCUGCACCACCAGCACAGCCAGCUGCUCGACAUCCUGGUGGAUCUGCUCAAAGGCCCUCCCGGCAGCUUCGGCGCCUGAGGCGGAGCCGGAGGAUUUUGUGGGGACUUGUAAUUUGUAUAAAGAUGUUCACAAAUGUUUAUUUAAAUAAAAGUUCUAUUUAUCCCUUGUGAAGUCAUCUCUCUCCAUCCUAGAAGAUUAAUGUUGUCUGAUCUCCUGCUGUCGGCUCCGCGCAUGGUCACCAGGAGGAACAACCAGCGCAGCGCCGCCCGCCCGGACCACAAGCGCCGCUGGAAGCCGAUGGGCGCCGCGCACCCUGAACUGGACCACGAGGCUGCGGCUGCGCCGUCCUCUGCCCAUCCCCACAGGGCCGGGAGGGAGCAGCGCUGGGCAGAGCUGAGCUCCAGCUCUGGAAUGCGGAUCUCAGCCUUCGGAUGCAGCAGCAGCAGCAGUGCAGCUCCACGGCUCCCAGCCCGGCACAGGGAAGGAAGACGCGGCGGCGACGCUCGGCACGGGAUCGGUGACGCCUGGGAUCCGCGGGGCCUUGGCACCCUGUGAGACGUGACUCGUUGCUCCCGGCCUGCCUGUACUUUUUGUCUCUUGCGUUGUUCUUAUGAUUUUUGUAUGAUUUCUCGUCCUCCCCGUGCCCAGGAGCUCGGAUCCCUGGCCUUGUGCACCGCAGGACCCCGCUGUCGCUGUCAGUGUGCCUGCGAGCGCGGCUCCUGCAGGCGGCCAGGAGCACAGGCACAGAGCCUUUGUUUUGUACGAGCGGGGACCACGUUUGCAGGAGGAGGACGGGGACGGCACUGCAGUGAAGGAGCUCUGGAGUUCGGUCCCUGUCGGUGCCACCUACCUCACAGGGCUGUUGUGAGGCUUCGUUCCGUUCGUCCCCUGCGGGCCGCGGGCAGUGCAGGGGCGAUGCUGAGGGCCCACGUUUUGUUUUUAUUCACCAUUUCUUACGCUCUUUGUACCUGAAGUCAGCGCCGGGGCCCCUUUUUGUUCUGCACUGCGAUUUCGUUUCCUCCUCACGGCCUUUUAGGAGCGGAGCUGCAGCCCCGGCCGUGCGAACUGAUGGGCGGCGAUGGGCGCAGCGUGCGGAACUCAUUCAUUUCACUUGCUUGAGGUUGUCACUCUGAGUUGAGCGGUGUUUGUUUCUUUCAGCCUGUAUGAGGGGCAGGAUGGGUUUGGGUUUUUUUUGUUUGGUUUUUUUUUGUUUUUUUUCUUCCCUUCCAGCAGGUUUAAAAACAAAAAAAGACUAAGCUAUUGUCUAAAUGGUUCAGAACUAGUGUGAUAUUGGGAUACUUCAGUGGCUGUUAUGUGAUACUGGAUCUUUUUACAACAUAGAUUAAAGACAAUAAAAAGGGAUAGAGUAGUAA